GAUGACUCGCUCCAAAUUAAGGAAGAACUGGUUGGGCAACCCUCCAGGUUGAAAUUCAUUUCGAUCGUUGGGAUGGGAGGCAUUGGCAAGACAACACUUGCAAGAAAUAUUUACAAUGAUUCAUCUAUUGAGUAUCACUUCUACAUUCGGGCCUGGAUAACUCUGUCUCGGGAAUAUCGUGUGCAAGAACUGCUUCUACACCUUCUAAAAUCCAUGGGAGACCUCACUGAUGAAAUGAUUCGAAAGGAAACAGAUGAAUUGAAAACAUUAGUAUAUCAACGCUUGAAGGGCAAUAGAUAUCUCAUUGUUAUGGAUGAUGUGUGGGAUGCCAAAGUCUUCGAUGAAUUUAGAAGGAUAUUCCCGGAUGACUAUAAUGGAAGUCGGAUAAUUAUGACUUCUCGGCUAUCCAGUGUUGCCGUUAAUACCGACUCUUCCGGCUUUAUUCACCAUCUGAGUUUUCUAAGUCCCGAACAAAGCUGGAGUCUUCUGUGCCAGAAGGCCUUAGGGAACGAAUGUUGCCCCCCUGAACUCAAAGACAUUGGAAGGAGGAUAGCAGAAAAAUGCAGAGGACUUCCACUUACACUUGUAGUAAUUGGUGGUGUCCUCUACAAAGCGGAGAAGAAACGAGCCAGUUGGGAGUAUGUUGCAAAAAAUGUGAAAUCUGCAGUAACUGGAAAUCAUGAUGAUUUCAUGGAAACACUAUCUUCGAGUUACAACCACUUGCCUCAUCGUCUUAGAGCAUGCUUCCUUUAUAUGGGAGUUUUCCCUGAAGAUUUUGUGAUCCCGGUCUCCUAUCUUAUCAGGCUAUGGGUUGCUGAGGGAUUUUUAAAGCCAAAUACACAUAAAAGUUUGGAAGAAGUGGCAAAGGAGUAUUUGGAAGAGCUUAUUGAAAGAAAUUUAAUUAUGGUUUGUGAUCGGAUUUGCACUGGAGAAAUCAAGACCUGCAGCAUCCAUGACUCCAUGAGAGAACUUUGCAUGAGGAAAGCUCAGGAGGAGAAGUUUCUUUAUGUUGCCAAUCAAAAAUUUGAUACUUCGUCGGAAGUCGUGAAAAAUCAGCGUCACCUAAGUAUUCAUCCAUACGUGCUGAAUGCAGUCAUAUAUUACUCAACUUUUCGUUCACUUCUAUACUUCAGUUUUUAUCUAUUACCAAAUUCUCUAUGUUUUCAACUUCUCAGGGUGUUGGAAGCAGGCAAUAUAGAUUUCUCUGAGUUUCCAAAGGAAAUAUUAAAACUUUCUAAUUUAAGGUACAUUGCUUUGUCCUGCAGUGGGAAAUUCAAGAUUCCUGCCUCAAUAUCUAAACUUUGCAAUCUUCAGACCUUGAUUGUUUUUCAAGGUUAUUUUGCUGAAAGAUUGUUCUUACCACGGGAACUCUUGAAGAUGCCACAGUUAAGGCAUCUCUUGUUCGAUAAAGCUGUCUUGCUUUGUUCUCAUGGUCCACAAAAUGUGAACCUACAAACACUUUCUGGUGUAAUAGAUUUCAAAUUGACUCAGGAGACCCUUCGAACAAUUCCUAACCUGAGGACAUUGGGAAUUUCUUACCAUUGUGAACCUCAAACUGAGUUGUCAUUCUAUUGUCUUGAGAAUUUAGUCCAUCUGCAUCAACUUGAAAGUUUUAAGUGCAAAGUCAUUUCCAAUGAUUGGACAUGUAUUCCUUUGCCCCAGAACCUUGCUUUCCCACCAAAUCUGAAGAAGUUAACUUUGAGUGGUUGCAGACUUUCUAGGCAUAAUAUGUUUCCUGGUAAUCUUCCCAAUCUUGAAGUUCUCAAAUUAAAAGAGGUUGCCUUCGAAAACAAUGCAUGGGAAACGGAAGGGGAAUUUUCUCGAUUAAAAUUCCUGCAUGUUGAAACCCGUCGUUUUAAAAUCUGGGAAGCCGAGGCAGCACAUUUCCCUAGCCUACAGUGCCUAUGUCUUAGGGGUUGCACGAGUUUAAAAUGCAUCCCUUCUGGAAUUGGAGAAAUUCUAACUCUUCAGCAAAUCAUCUUGUAUGGAUGUACGAUAACUGUUGAGAAUUCAGCAAAUUCAAUACUAAAGGAACAACAAGACUGGGGGAACUAUGACCUAAAGGUUCAUGUCAAUUCCAAUUAUUUUGGAAACAAAGAUAUCAAUGGCAACCUCUACCGUAAGUUGAGAAAAAUUAGGAAGGACGUGAAACAACAGCCGCGACAUACGAAGUUAUAUGGUGCUGAGAUUUCUUUGCCUGGCCUGUCAAUGGUCGAUUUUAUAUCAUCGUGAUACCUAAUUUGUGGAGAAAAUUUCAUGAUACCUAAUUUGUCUUAAUUGGGUCUUCAAACUAUUUGUUCUUAAAAUAACCAUAAUACCUAAUCACACUGGUGAAUAAAUUAUUUUAUAUACAAUGUGCUGAUAAUUUGUACUGCUUUUAUUCACCUUUAUCACUAUUGAGUAACAAUGCUUUCCACUCUAACAUUCUCACAAGUGGACAUCCUUUCAAUACUUUUCA